AUGGAUUUGCCGGUUCUAUAUCCACCACAAUAUACAAAUAAUCGUAUUGUGGGCGGCGAAGAAGCCGCUAUGGGUGUGGCACCCUAUCAAAUCUCCCUGCAAGGCACAAAAAGCGGCCAACAUUCGUGUGGUGGAGCGAUUAUCGAUGAGCGUUGGAUUGUCACUGCCGCUCAUUGCACACGAGGCAGAAAAGCCAGUGAUUUUCGUGUUUUAACCGGAAGCCAAAUUCUAAAUCAGAAUAGUUCGAAAUUUUACUAUCCCGACAAGAUUGUAGAGCAUUGCAAUUAUGCGCCCAGAAAAUUCCGUAAUGACAUUGCUUUGAUGCAUCUGAAUGAUUCAAUUGUUUUUGACAAUGCCACACAAAAGGUCGAGUUGGAUCACGAGCCUUUGGUACCGGGUUCCAAGCUAUUGCUUACCGGUUGGGGCACUCUAUCGUUGGGCGGUGAAGUGCCCUCUCGCCUUCAGAGCUUGGAGGUGACUUAUGUGCCCUUCGAACAGUGUCGUGCUGCCCAUGAUAAUAGCAGUCGAGUUGAUAUUGGACAUGUUUGCACCUUCAAUGACAAGGGCAGGGGAGCCUGUCAUGGCGAUUCUGGUGGCCCAUUGGUCCACAAUGGCAAACUGGUGGCUCUGGUCAAUUGGGGCUUACCUUGUGCCAAAGGAUAUCCAGAUGCUCAUGCUUCUAUUUCAUACUAUCACGACUUUAUUCGCACUCAUUUGAGUGUAGAUGAGACAUCCGCAGAGGAUGAGGAGGAUAUGAUGAAAGGAAACAAUGGGCAUUGCUAA